AUGGGCUCCAUCAACGCACUUCCCAACUAUACGAAAUACUACAAUCUCCCCGAGGAUGGGAACGUGAGCACAGGCAUCGUGUUCGCCAUCUUUCAGAUAGGUCAAAUGGCCGGCGCCCUGUUCAUCUGGAUGGCAGACUGGCUUGGCCGACGUGCUCAUAUAUUUAUGGGAUGCCUUGGGGUCUGCGUGGCAACCAUCGUAACGAGCACCGCGCCAACAUUGUCGGUCUUUAUUGCAGGGCGAUUCUUGCUCUCUUUCUUUGCGACCUGCGCGCAUACAGCCUCCCCCUUGCUUCUCGUGGAAUUGGCACCUCCGCACUACCGAGGGACCCUGGCGGGAAUGUACAACACACUCUAUUAUGCGGGCUCGAUCGUAGCUACGUCGGCCGUCUAUGGCGCUCAUUUGCACCUAAGCCACAUCGGCCAACUCGACUGGCGAUUACCUCUGUGGCUCCAGAUGGCAUGCCCGGGAAUUGUCUGCCUGGGGAUCUGGUGCUGCCCCGAGUCCCCUCGCUGGCUGAUUUCGAAAGACCGACACGCCCAGGCCGAGGCCUUCAUUAUCGAGUGCCACGCCAACGGUGACGCUACACAUCCUCUGGUGGCGCUAGAAAUGAGAGAAAUGACCGAAAAUCUACAGCUCCAAGGGGUCACCGGCUGGCGCAACAUCGUUGAUCUGUCUGUCCUCGUCAAGUCCCGGUCGCGUCGCUACCGGUUGAUGUUGAACCUUGCUUUUAGUUGGUUUGGGCAAUUCUCAGGGAAUAAUGUGAUCUCGUAUUACCUUCCAACCUUGUUGAAAAACGUCGGGAUCACCAACACAAACACUCACCUUCUCCUCAAUAUCAUCUACGCGUUGACUGGAUGGAUUGCAGCUACGGCCGGGACUCGCUUCCAUGAUGUUGUCGGUCGCCGAAAGAUGUUCCUCGGCUCAACUGGAGGUAUGGUGAUUUGCCUGGCUAUCACGGCUGCCACAACGGCGGUAUUCGUGCAGUCGGAAGAUACUGCGGCCUCUACGGCGGCAAUCGUCUUUAUUUAUAUCUUCGGGGUUGUUUUUGCGUUCGCAUUCACUUCUAUGCAACCAAUCUAUCCCGGAGAAGUCAUGUCUAAUGAUAUGCGAGCCAAGGGUAUGGGGACAUUCAAGCUCACGGCCGGUGCGGCGGGCUUCGUGAACACUUUCGCGGCGCCGGUGGCCUUAACGAACGUAAGUGCAUGUGCUUGGCUUCCCGUUUAG